GGUGACGUUGGCACAGGGAGGUCCUUGCCUUGAGGCCUCUGAGAGUUCCUAAGUCUGGCGGCUGGAAAAGGGGGAUCCUACGGUCUUUGUGUUUGGAACCGCGGUUGUUUAAAAGCUUAGGGUACUUGGGAAGGGACUGCCACUCGCAGCUGUGUUUACACUGACUCGGCCGACUCGCGGGUCUAAGAUGAACAAAGUCUGUGCUAUUUUUGGGGGCUCCCGGGGUAUUGGCAGGGCAGUGGCGCAGUUAAUGGCCCAGAAAGGCUACCGACUGGCCAUCGUCGCCAGAAACCUGGAAGGGGCCAAAGCCGCCGCCGGUGAGCUCGGCGGAAAUCAUUUGGCUUUUAGCUGUGAUGUUGCUAAAGAACAUGAUGUUCAAAAUACAUUUGAAAUGAUGGAGAAACAUUUAGGUCAAGUAAAUUUCUUGGUAAAUGCAGCUGGUAUUAACAGGGAUAGUCUUUUAAUAAGAACAAAAAGUGAAGAUAUGCUAUCUCUGCUUCAUACCAACCUCUUGGGUUCCAUGCUGACGUGUAAAGCUGCCAUGAGGACGAUGAUUCAACAACAGGGAGGGUCUAUCGUUAAUGUUGGCAGUAUAAUUGGCUUAAAAGGCAAUUCUGGCCAGUCUGCAUACAGUGCCAGUAAAGGAGGAUUAAUUGGAUUUUCUCGUGCACUAGCUAAAGAGGUAGCAAAAAAGAAAAUCAGAGUGAAUGUAGUUGCACCAGGAUUUGUCCGUACAGAUAUGACAAAACACUUGAAAGAAGAACAUUUAAAGAAAAGCAUCCCUCUUGGGAGGUUUGGAGAAACUAUUGAAGUGGCACAUGCGAUUGUGUUUCUUUUAGAAUCUCCAUAUGUUACAGGACACGUUCUAGUGGUGGAUGGAGGAUUACAACUUCUGAUAUGACUAGAGAUUGUUCAUUUAUAAUGGUUUGAAUCACUUUGGUUAUUGGUUAUAAGUUGCACCUACGUGGGUGGCAUUUACUAAUCAAUUAUUGAUGCUACAAAUGUUGAUUCUCAUGUUUAUGAUUGUCUGAAAAGAACAGUGUGUGACCAGCUGUGUUUUAGCUAAAGGGUAUUGUCAUCUACCAUUGAUUACCUUAUGUGCUACAUUAAUUUUAGUAUAUUGACAUUUUGCAAGGGAUGUAAACAGGUAUUAACUUACAUAUUUUAAUCUCAGAAGUGCAAAAUUAUUCGUUGCAUUGUGAUGAAUUUUUUCACUGUGUCAGGUUGAAUUUUCUGACGUUAACCUUUGCCACAAUAGUAUUGACAGAAUAGUCAUCAGUGCUUCGGCAACCUUGCUAACAUUAAACAUAUUGUUUGUAAAUGUUCUUAGGACAUUGGUUUUGCUACAGGUUGGAAAAAAAUAGUAUCAGUUACAUAAAGACAUCAAGUUAGACUAUUUCUUAGAGAGGUGUUACCUUGGUUAAGCAUUUAGGCAAAAUAAUUCAAUAAUGUAAAUUCAAGUAUGGUUCAGUUGACCCAUUCUUUAGAAAUUCUCAAAGGUGAUGAGGACUAAUCCUUAUAUUAAGGUUUUAAUAUCUGACACAGUAAUGAGCUGCACAGAUCAUGAAUGUGGGGAGUGAUUUUUUUUUUUUACUCAGAAAAUAACUCAAUAUUGUGAGCUAUUUAAAAAAUGUAUAAGAAAUAUAUUAAAAAUAUUUUGUGGGCCAGCAGUGGUGGCAUAU